GCAAUGUAUACCCUUUUCGCAGCCGCCAUAUCGGUCUUUGCUCUCCAGGUUCAUGGAUACGCUGAUCCAGGCAGUUGUUCUGGAGUGUGCAAUGUCCAUGAUCCAGGGUUGAUUCAACGAGACGACGGGGUCUAUUUCCGCUUCUCAACGGGGAAUAAGAUCUCAUAUGCCCAAUCGUCGUCCAUUGAGGGACCGUGGACAGCCGUGGGAUCUGUGGUGCCGGAUGGGUCAUCGAUCAACAAGGCUGGCAAUGACGAUCUCUGGGCACCUGAUGUUCAAAAUGUCAACGGCGUUUACCAUGUUUACUAUACGGUGUCCACUUCCGGCUCGCAAGACUCUGCAAUCGGAUUAGCGACGUCCGACACGAUGGACGAGGGUUCCUGGACCGACCAUGGGGUGACCGGAAUCUCGUCCAGCUCGUCAAAAUCGUACAAUGCCAUCGACGCAAACCUUUUCAACGAUGAUGGUACUUACUAUCUCACCUUUGGCUCCUUUUGGCAGGAUAUCUUCCAAGCUCCGCUGAACUCUGCUGCGACAAAGACUGCUUCUUCGUCAUACAACAUUGCAUUUGACCCGAAUGGUGAUCAUGCUGUAGAGGGAGCAUACCUGUACAAAUCUGGCGACUAUUACUACCUUUUCUAUUCUGCUGGAGCAUGUUGCGGUUAUGAUACGUCCAGACCGGCUACUGGAGAUGAAUACAAAAUCAAAGUCUGCCGGUCGUCAUCGGCUACUGGUGAUUUUGUUGAUGCAACUGGAACUGCCUGCACGGCAGGUGGAGGGACAGUCGUUCUUGAGAGCCAUGGCAACGUCUAUGGACCUGGUGGACAGGGCGUCUUUACCGACCCGGAUCUUGGCCCCGUUCUUUACUACCAUUAUGUUGACACGACGAUUGGCUAUGCGGACAACCAGAAGCUCUUUGGAUGGAACGCGAUCGACUUCUCCAGUGGAUGGCCGGUGGUAUAGGAGGCGUUCAUUCAGCGUUCUGGAUUCGACGGAUGAAUAGGGCGCAUGUAGCGACUGAAGAAACACCAAAGAUACGACGGGAUUUGAGCAAUCAAUUUUACUCGAGACAGAAGGCAGUACAGGCACACGUCUUGGAAUUGGCCAAGCCUUCUUGACGACUUGAAUUAAGGCUCGCCCUCGAUUCCGAAUGUUCAGUAUCACAUAGUUUAUCUUUCUAUUCAGAAAUCGAGUGAAAAUGACAAGCGG